GUAAGUCACACGCCUUUUUGCAUAUCCGAGCUCCCAAAUAGCAGACUCGAGUUGGUGAACAAGUUGUGUCGUGAGUUCGGGUUGAGUACAGGCUAGAACGAGUUUUCGUUGUUUACGAUCUUUCGCGUUGAUUCGCGUAGUAGUGGUGCAGACACUAAGUGCAGUUAAGGCGAAGUGGCGCCAGACGCAAAUUUCCUGUGAAUCAGAUAUUCAGUGGGUCAGUUCGGUUUAGUGCAGUUUUUUUGCGAGAACGUUUAAGAGUGAAGAACACGCUGGAGAAGGUUAAGGUCAUGGGCACGAUGAUCCGGCGAAACAGUUUGAACAUUUCGUUCGGCAAGUGGCGAACGAACUCCAGUCCAGGAUCGGUGGAGAACGGGCCACCCGGAUCACCCUCGCCGCCCGUGGUCACACGAAAGGGAUCGUCGUCGUUUGGAAGUUCGGUAGCGAUACAGAAGCUCCGCGAGUCCAAGUGGUUCGACGCCGGCGAGGAACGCAUCUUCUGCGCCGUCAUCGAGGACGGAUUCCUGGUGGAACUGCGCCAUCCGGUCACCGGCGAGAGUUGGUACGGCGUUGCGGCCAUCGAAACGAAGAAAUCGAUAAAACCAACCGCAGCCAACAUCAAGAUCUACUCCGUCAAGCUAUCUGACAGUAGCAGCAACAAGCGGCUCAAAAUCUACAACACCUCGCUCGACCAGCUGUGGGCCCAGGGCUACCGGAUCCGGAUCAACAAUCUGUGCGACAAGGCCAAGAAACCACACAGCGAGAAGGACAUCUUGGCACAGAUCAAGUACGCCACCAAAACCAAGAUGGCAUUCCACAACAGUCAGCACUUUGCCGAGUUCUGUCGGUACGGUGACCGGCCCCAGGACAACCGGAAGCGACAAGUAAGUGUACUGUUGAAGCGACUCGAGAAAGCACUGGACGGAGCGCAGCCCUAUUUCUGACAAGUGGGAAUGAGCGGGAGAGAGAGAAAGAGAGAUCUCGGAGUGUGCCAAGUGGGGCGGUACCAACAUGGGAGCCACCAUCAUCUACUUUGCCAUGCAAACCCGGAACUCCAAGUAGCGAUGUAGCAGGUUGCUACUACUGCUGCGCAGGUGGACAUUAAGCGGAUGCAAAUUACCAUUAAAAGUAAUUAGUGUUCAGUGCAUAUGAUAGUUUUAUAAGAGCGAGCUCUAAACAACAGUGUAGCUAGUCCUGGUGUCCAAGGUGCGUAGAAGCCUUGCACGCCGUGCGCAAAAUAAAAGACGUGACUGUAUUACUAAGAUUUUGUCUUAGAGCAAAAGUGACGAAAGAUUGUUGCUUGAGGCGAAAUAGCUUUAACAUUACCGUAAGAUAAACUUUUACUUUUGUAUUACUAAGUAAUGA